UAGAAAGAAGCGCGUAGCAGCAGUAGCGGUGAAUACAUCUCUCCUGUGCGCUUGGUGACUAACUACGCCAUUAUUAAUAGUCCGUUGACCGGCGGUGUUUCAGCAGGGUGUGCUCUUGUUUUUCUCUUUUUUUUCUCGUCAGGACAUGGAUGCUGUCAGAGGGGAAUAGCGAUGAAAAGAGCGAAAAUAGUUUGCCCGUCCACAGCCAGCACCUCUGUUGUAGCAGCCGGUGAUACAGGCUAGCCGUACCCGGACCUCUUGCUCUUUUAACGGGGUUUUUGUCGCUAGAAAAAAAAAUGGAAGAAGGCGAUAACCGUGCGCCCCUUCGAUAAUAACACACUCCAGCUGCUUUUUUGCUUUUCCAUAUAGUUUUCUACCCUUCAUUUCAUUGUUUUUUUUCCCCCGAGCAACUCGAGUCGGCUAUCAUCAAAGAUGCUUACAGGAUCUAAAACCACGUUCAAAGUGAGGCAAAUGGUCCCAGAUAUGAAGGAGAGGAUGCUGAGUCAAAGUGGGCUAAACGCAAGGAGCCGAGACAUGUUCGGACUACGCUGCCUGCCUGGCGAGUGUGUGCUCCAGAGGGCCGUUUUGGUGAGGAAGAAGCUGACUGCCAGGGAGGGAGGAGGCUGGCUGGCCGGUACCCUCUUCUGCACCCAUUUCAGAGUGGCCUUCGUGCCCCAGGACAUCCCCAAACCUGACGACAACGCCGACCCGGUGCUGUUGGGGGAUCAUGAUGUGGCUUUGGCGUCCAUAGAGAAGGUCGUGGCUGUGGGCCCGUCCAGGACCAAGCUGGUCACUCCCAACUCCUCGCUCAAGUUCACUCCGGAGGAACUGGUGCUUUACUGCAGGGACCUGCGAGUCAUCUGCUUCCUCUUUGACCGACUCACUCCUGAGACACAGGCCAUAGAGAUAACCUACACCAUUGCCAAGACAUACCAGCCUCUCAAGCCAGGGACUGUCCUGUCCUUCCAAAACGCUGCCCUUGGGAGUGUGGAAAUGAAGCAGUUCCUUAGCAACCGUCGCAAGGACACCCACAUGAACUGGUUUGAGUCUGCUGCCGACUGGGAGCAGGAGCUGGAGAGGUGCGGGGCCGCCGGCUGGAGAGUCAGCUCUGUCAAUGAUCGCUUUGAGAUGGCCACCAGUCUGCCCAGGUUCAACGUGGUGCCACAGAAAGUUCUGGACACUGAGCUGAAGAAGACCUUCGCCCAUUUCAACGAAGGACGCAUCCCUCGCUGGUGUUGGCGACACCCUCGAGGCAGCGACCUGCUGCGAAUGGCCAGCUUCCAGAAUAAUAUCUACCACGAGAAGGACGACAUCAGGAACCUGGAGCUGAUCCUGUUUGGCGGCCUGUCGCUGUGUGUGGUGGUGGAGCUCGGGGAGGAGAUGCCCUCACCUGCUGACAUCCAGCUGGCACACAGCCGCCUGCGCGCCCUCUGUCUGGGAGAUCUCUCCACGUCUGUGUCGGUGCCUGAUGACAAAUGGCUGUCUACCCUGGAGAGCACCCAUUGGCUGGACUACACCAGGUGCUGUCUGAGGAAAGCUGCUGAGGUGGCGUGCCUGCUUCGCAGUGGUCACCUGACCGUGGCACUUCAAGAAGCGGAGGACCGGGACAUGAGCUGCGUGGUGUCCAGCCUGGUGCAGGUGAUGUGUGACCCGCACUGCCGCACCCAGCUGGGCUUCCAGGGCCUGGUGCAGAAGGAGUGGGUCAUGGCCGGCCAUCGCUUCUACAACCGCGUCAACUACCACCGCGACAACGACAAGGAGGAGGCCCCAGUCUUCCUGCUCUUCCUGGACUGUGUUUGGCAGCUGUGGUCCCAGUAUCCCUCUCGCUUCCAGCUGACAGAGGACUUCCUGCUGGCUCUCCACGACAGCGUUCACCUGCCGCUUUUCUCCACCUUCCUCGCCAACUGUCAGCGUGAGAGAUGCAAGCGCACCCAGCAUUUGUCCCAGUCCUACACGCCAGUCAACGGCUGGAGGGACGUGCUGCCUCGGGGCUCGUCCCCGGACCCGUCAGACCCCACCCUGCCCCCGGUGUGGGACUGGGCCCUGCAGUACAGCGGCCAGAGACAGGCCCGCUUCACCCAGCCCAUCCCCCCGCCCCCGUCAAUCAAGCCGCUGCUCAACGGCAACCUCAACACCAACCCAGACGCUCACAGGCUGAGCGACACCACCCCCGUCUCGGUGUUCCUCCUCUCUCGAGGCGCCUUCUCCUGUCCUGCUAACCUGCUUCCCUGGCGCAGCAGCAGCUCGGGCGUUUACAAGAAGAGCCACCGGAGGGCGCCGUCCUCUGAGAAUGUGCAAGCCCUGGAGAGGCUGCUGAAGGCCUGGGCCCUGACUGAGUAUCCCCACGCCCUUACUUCCAACUGUGGGCCCCAAGGACCCCUUGACCCCUACGAGCCUUUACUGCCCCUCCUGCUGGGGCCCUGCGUGGGUGUGUGGAGAGAGUGCUACCUCCGGGGGGCGCUCCAUGCACAGGCGUUCUCCCACCCCAUCUCCUCCAACCACCUCCAUCCUGUGGAGCAGCUAGCCUGGGAGGUGCAGCAGCUCAGGGACAAGUUAGCGUUAGCGUCCUCCAAAACGGAUGCUAACCCACCUGCCAAGAGAGCCGAGCCCCGGCGGACAGACACCAACCUGAACCAGAACACCAACAACGGCACGUUCCUUUUCCCAGCGUCGAGGCCUCAGGGCCUGGGUGUGACCCGAGCGGCACCCCCACCUACCUCCAUCAACCACCAGACCUCCAGGGGCGCUCCGCCCUCCUCAGCGCCCCAGUCCAGACCCAGCCACAAGGACAACGGUGGCAGCAACAAGCACACCUUCCUCUUCGGGCACCCUUCAGCAACAGAGGCCCGGCCUGACCAGCGCUACUACCCAGCGCCCAAUAACACAAAGCUGCCUAAGAGCAACGGGCCUUCGAUAGGGUCCUGAGACCUGACCAGCCCCCCUUUUGCUGCCUUCCUCAGAUAUGAUACAGACCAUUCCACCCAGGACUCGGGACGAUAACGAAAUCACCUGCCUCCGCACUAUGAAGCUGACCAAUCCUUUUGCUGGUAUCAGAUGCUGAGGAGACCCAGAUGCUUCCUGUCAGAGCCCAUUUUGACUGACAACAGGGUGAUAAGAAGCACAUCUGGGUGGGGGCACGAUGAACUGCAGGUGGAACAAAAUAAUCAGUGCAAAGCACUGGGCCGCGAAUAGUGCUUUAGACUCUGCUUCUUAUCAUCUGUGCUGUAAAGUAUUCAAGAAUGUGACAAAUAUAGUGUAUAUUUGUGAAUUUCACAAAAUUUUAGUAUGCAGUAUUCCACUUAUGAAAUAUAUACAAUAACAUUGAGACCCAAAAUGAAAAAAGGGCUGAAGAUACUUAAUAUAUGAUAUGAAAUCUUCAUAAGCACAUCUUGCAGUAUCUUAAAAUGCAGUAGAGACUGUCUUGACACAUUUUUGUGAACAUCCUGUCAUUCUUCAAGGAAGAAAGCUUUUCAAUUACUUUUUUUUUUCAUCUCUCAGAUGACACACUUAUCCAGAACAACUUAGAACCAGUAAGCAGGGCAGGGGGUCGGCGUGUCGCUGUUUGACAGACCAGAUGGCUGUUCAUCUACGCUCCUGCUACCUACGGGACUGUGUCAUCCAUUAAGCCACUCUAGCCUAGUAGGCCUAGAUUUGUUUUUACAUAUAGUUUCUAAAUCCUCCUGAUAUUUCAUGCUGUUAAAAAAACACAUUGAACCCUCUUGUUUACGGCUCAACUUAAAAUGGAAAAGUACAAUAUUGUUCAGCAAAUGAACAUUAAGAGGGGGAAAAAAUGCAUUCAUUUUUGAACUCCAGGCGCUGUGACCAGUGAUUUUUUUUUUUUUUUAAUGUGGAAUUUAGGGCAUGAGAGCUAUUUUGGUACUGUUCUCAUAUCUCCCCACUUCCAUGGGUGCUUGGGAGCUGUGAGGCCUAUAUUCAGUUCAGUGUGUUAUAUUAGCCUGCACGUGUCAGAAUCUGGCUGCACUCACUGAAUAUUGCAGGAUGAUUCGGUCCGUGCAUGACUGAGAUAAACGUGGGCCCACAGCUUUAGUCAUAUAUAUAUAUAUAUAUGUAUACACUAACCUGAUUUCAAGUUUAUUUAUUUUUUUAUCAAAGUAUUUUUGACUGUCGCUCCAUUUCUGAUAUAAUGGAUGAAUGUGAUAUCUGAGUAGCUUUUCACCAAAUUGAGAGUAUUACUUUGCUUUUUUUUCCCCAUCCUUCUGCGGUGGAAUCAAAACAAACUGUCAUUUUGCUGAUUUAUCACCCGACCUUGAGGAGGUACCAUGUGUUGGAAGUGAAGGGAAGCUUCUUCUGUUCUCACUGUUUACUUUCAUUCCGUCACUUUUCCUGCCUGAUGGUGUUAUUAGUAUGCAGCUAGCAUUUAGGUCAAGGGCUUGGAAAGUGCCUGACUGUAUUUAAAGCAUAGAGGGAAGAAUUUGGUCCUGCGCCUUUAAAUCCAAACAGGUUGUUGUUGUUUGCAUGAUGUGGGUGUCAAGCAGAUACACUGGCGUCAUUCCUGCAGAUGAAUGAACUUGCGUCGUAUGUAAUCGACAAAAAAGAAGCAUGUUUUGCUCUAUUUUUUAAAGUAGGAUAUUAGUUGACAUAGCUGAGACGUAUGCCUGAUGCUUACCUUCUCUCACGUCAAAAAGGUACCUCACUUGAUAGCACUAUGAAUUAUUGAAUUGUUGUAAAUAUUCAUUGUUGAAUAUCAAGGCACAUUGAUAUCGAUUACAACUGCAGAGCUUUCUGGAUGUGAUGCCAAUGCAUUUGCUUGUCUUCCAUGGAAAAACACAAGGCCAUUAUUAUCCAGUUGCAUGGACUGUCAAGAUGUGGCUCUAAAAUUCAUGAGAAUUUAAAAGCAUGCAAGCCUGUGUACUUUAUUUGUAGGUCUGUAUCAUUGUAUAUUUUAAUGUUUUUUGGUACAAAUAUCACAAAUUUGCCAGAUGUACAUAUUUUUUUUUGUAUCAGCAUGUUAUGAACCGGAGUAAUAAAUGGCAAUAUUAGUUGAUCAUCUCUCA